AUGGAGGUCGAAGAGUACGUAAGCUACGAGUUUCAAGGAAUUCUCGAGGAAUUCGGAAGAAUUCGCGACGCGUACGUAGCUUUAAAAGCUUAUUGCAAGAUACAAGACGAAACUAUGACAAUGGAGAAAGAACGCUCGGAAAGAAUGAGGGAGAAUUUAGAAAAAUUGUCCAGGACUUAUCUACUUUUGGAAAAAAGAUGCAAAUCUACAAUAGUGGCAUUGCAAACAGAAAAGGAGGGUCUUCUUAAGACGAUCGAAGAUUUGAAAGAACAAUGCGAUCACUUACGACUUAUUAACACUGAUCGCAAUGCAAAUGACGAGCGAACAUAUCAAUUACAAGAUGAAAUUGAAAUUUUGAAGGCUCAAUUGUCGAUGCAAGAAGAGAAACACAACGAGGAUAUAGCUUUGUUAAAACAGAAACAUUCUGACGAAAUACAAAGAUAUAAAAUGUUAUUGCAAAAUACUAAACAGAAUACUGCUAGGCCAAAAAAUCUUGUUAAAAGUAAAAACAAUACUUCUUGCUUUAGGUGGCCAGAAUUAAACAUAGAAAGACAUAAGAGUAACCUGAUGGAUAUUGAAAACGAAUCCACCGGAAGUAAAAGUCAGAGAAACAAGAAGAGGAAAUUAUUUUCUGAAGACAGAACAGCUACAUUCGAUAUUGUAUAAAACAAAAUCACUAUCAAU